AUGCGCUCCGCCCUUAUCGCUGCGGCCUUCGCCGCUGGAGUGCUCGCCAUUCCAUUCCACGAGAGACGUGCUGAAGCUGGAUCAUACGGACCUGAUGUCGAUGUGGUCUACGUGACCGCUGUCGUGACUGUCACCGCCGACGAGGAAGCCCCAGCCUACACUCCAGAGGUCAAGCACUACGGCCACAACUUCCCUUCGCAGCCCCAGCCUCCGGCUUACACUCCAGAGCCUGAACCAACCCCGCCAGAGGCCGCACCCGAGGCCCCACCCUCAUACGAGCCUCCCGUAGAGAGUACCCCAGCUCCUCCACCAGCUGCACCGGGCCCUCCAAAGAGCGGAGGUUACGAGGACACUUGCUUGUACCAUCACAACCUCCACCGUGCCAAUCACUCUGCGCCAGAUCUUACUUGGUCUGAUGACCUGAAGAACACGGCGAAGAAGAUUGCCGAGACCUGCAAGUACGAGCACAACGUCGAGAUGGAUGGCGGUGGCUACGGUCAGAACAUUGCCGCCGGUGUACCGUUCGACAACAUCUCUGCCGUCAUCACUGAUCUGUUCUACAACAGCGAGGAGCCACUCUUCGCUGCACAGUAUGGCCUCGAUGACCCAGACAUGAGUGAAUUUGAAAAGUGGGGUCACUUCACUCAGAUCGUCUGGGAGGGCACCACCGAAGUUGGUUGCUGGACCGCCGAUUGCUCCGCAGGGGGCCUUGAAAACACUGGAACCGGCGUCUCCCCAUGGUUCACUGUCUGCAACUACAAGAGCCCAGGUAUGUAA